AUGCCCAUAAACCUAUGGAAGCAGGGCAAAUUCAUUGUCUUCGGAGGCGCGCUCAUUUGGGUCUGUGAUGCAAUGGGCGCGUUCUCCCAAGCUCUUGCGACUCCCGGAUGGACACGUGCCACGGCACUGCUCGCAUCUGCGUUAGGCGGGCUGACAACCCUGCUCCUGUUGUAUCUCAUUGCCGUGUUGCCUCGAAUAAGGGGCACUAAUCCUGACUGGACGCAAUGGCGACAAUCAUCUGAUCUUUCUGUAAUCAUUCCGGUCCUCGAAACGCUCGAAGGCAAAGUCCUCGCGAUCGAUUCGUCGAUCUGGAUCUACCAGUUCCAGGCCACGAUGCGCGAUAAGGAGGGCCGAGGUCUUGUAAAUGCUCACGUUCUUGGAUUCCUUCGUCGGAUUUGCAAAUUGUUGUACUAUGGUGUCAAGCCUGUGUUCGUCUUCGAUGGUGGGGCACCGGCGCUGAAGCGGGUCACUAUCACUGAGAGGAAGAAGAGGAAGAGAGGAGCUGCAGAGAGUCACGCGAAGUUGGCCGAGCAACUGCUGGCGGCCCAGAUGAGGAAGGAGGCUCUUGCCCACGUCGCUGCUUCCACAUCGCCUGCUGCUUCAGCUGGGAACGCAGGUGUCCUUGAUGAUGGAACCGUGUACUUGGAGGAUUACGACAACCGAGCAGCCCCCCUCCCCUCCGGCACAACAACCGCGCCUGACGAGAGCCGUCAGUCUGACCGUGCUGAUAAAGAUGCUGAGGCAAGGAAGAAGCGGGAGAAGUACGCAAAUAUGGACCCAUACGCUCUUCCAGACGUGGACCUCGAGGCAACAAUGUCAGCCAAAGCGAAUGCACAGAAGCCUGAUCCGCGGCUGGCAACAGAAGAGGAGAUGCGUGCUUUCAUCGACGAAAUGCGACCGGAUGAUUUUGAUAUCACUUCCCCCGCGUUCCGCGAACUACCGACAGAGGUCCAGUACGAGAUUAUCGGAGAUCUACGCCUUCGCUCAAGACAAACGAGUUAUAAAAGGCUGGAGAGCAUGCUGCGUAAUUCUCGAACAUCACUCGAUUUCUCUCGAGCUCAGAUCCAAAACUUGAAGGAACGCAAUAGCCUCACCCAACAGCUCUUGUUGACUGCCGAGGGUGUAGGCAAGGUCAUCGAUCAUCAUCUAACAAUUCCGGUGCGGGUUGCCAGUGAGCGAAACCGGGAAUAUGUCUUGGUGAAGAACCAAGGUGCGGAAGGCGGUUGGGUACUUGGAACACGAGAAACCGGCACUAAGGAUGCCCCCAUCGUCGUUGAGGACAAUCCUGUGAAAUUGGAGGAUGACGAAAUCGACCUCCAGCGGGCGAGCGCGCUCUACGAUCCCGAUCAUCGGGAAUACAUGAGGUCCCAAGCGUUAUCAGCUCUCGCUGAGCGAUACACCCCCAAGAAGCCGGAGAGAAGUACUACACAGACGUCCAGCAUCAUCCCAUCCUUUGGACCCGCGCCGUUACCCGGCAGUGAGCCAUUGUUCGAAACGAACGAAGUCACCCAGGUCGAAGAUGAAGAAGACGAAUGGGUCGAAGAUGAAGACCUAGCCAUGGCACUCGAAAUGUCUAUGCAGCCUGGCACCGCUUCUCAAUAUCCAGACAAUUCCCACGUAGUUGACAAUGAAGAGGAUGAGGAACAGGAAGAUGACAUGGAGUUGGUUCUCACAGAUCUGCCCACAACUGCGCCUGAGCUGUUGCAAUCUGAUACUCUCGACCGUCCGGACUUCGAAUCUCUGUCUCUCUCGCCGUCGCCGUCGCCGGAGCGAGCAUUUGUUCACCAAACCCCUGCUGAAAAGGCGGGCUCCAAAAUACAACAUGCUACUGCCUUUGUACAUGACACGUUCAAGUCGCAUCCAUUGAUAUCCAAGCAUUCCCCCACGCGUGUAUCACCAUUCAUAUCCCAAUCGCCCACGAGGCCCCCCAUUUCACCACAUGCAUCAGAAUCGCGCCCAGUUGUAUCACCAGCUAAUAGCAAGCCGUCCACGCCUAUACGACCUACGUCAAGUUUAGCCCGGCAAUCCCCUAUAUUUGCGUCUCCAUCGGAAUCCAGACCUUCCCUGAGACAGCGAAGCUCGAGCUCUCCGUUUGAAGACUCGGUUUCCGGAACUCCGAUCUUCCGCCCUCGGUCGCGGCCCACGCUUUACGAACCUAUCCCGGUGGGUGCGCUUCCGACGAGCGGCGCGUCUCGCACACCACUCAGCCAAACGUUGAACAGCGAACAAUCGCCGCUCAAACCGGUUGUGAUGUCGCCUACCCUCCUUGAUAAAGGGAAGGGACCCGAAUUACAACGGAAAUCUUCUCGAGAGAUUCAGUCACCUCUUAGCCGAGUGGUUCAUUUUCCGGAUGCAGAACACAUAUUUUCCCCAUCAACAGAGCUGGCACGUCAACCAUCAUUUUCUCAGGAAGCUCCACGGCUUCAGUCAUCAUCCAGGCCAUCACAGUUAUCCAUGCACUUUGAGCGGGAAGAGCUUGCUAGACACGCCUCCCCAUCUCCUAUCCCGAACCGCUCCGAUUCGGUACGGCCGUCGACUGUUGAGUCUCUCCCAAGUUCAUCGAAGGCUGCAGUACCUUCGAGUGGACAGGUGCUUGAACCUGUUGUCCCAAAUAGAUUAGCAGCAGGUGCCCCACUCGAGUCAGGGGUUUCUGAUGAAGAGGAGGAGGAAUUCGCGUGGUCGCGCUCUCCGUCACCUGUCCAUGGCGGUGAAGACAGUCAACAGCCGCCUGAGGACUGGGAUGCAGCCGAGGAAAUGGAUCCAGAAGCUGAGGAAAAUGAAUUCGCCCAUUUCAUGUCAGAGGUCAAAGGCAAAGACAUCGACUCGAUGCAGCGGGAGAUUGAUGAGGAGAUAAAUACCUUGAAUCAACAACGGAGGGCUGCGCUUGUUGCUUCGGAAGACGUGACCUUGCAAAUGAUUACGCAGAUUCAGAACAUGCUUCGUCUCUUUGGUAUCCCAUAUACUGUUGCGCCGAUGGAGGCUGAGGCCCAAUGUGCUGAACUCGUCCAGCUUGGUCUGGUGGAAGGAAUCAUCACCGACGAUUCUGACGUGUUCUUAUUCGGCGGUCUUCGUGUCUUCAAGAACAUGUUCAAUCAAUCCAAGACUGUCGAAUGCUUCUUGUUAUCGGAUCUGGGCCGAGAACUGAGCUUGGAUCGUGAUAAGCUCAUUCGACUGGCCUAUCUCCUUGGUAGCGAUUAUGUCGAUGGCUUACCCAAGGUUGGACCUGUUGUUGCCAUGGAGUUACUCAGGGAAUUUCCUGGGGAGGAUGGCCUGCACAAGUUCAAAGAGUGGUGGGUAAAGGUUCAAAGCGGUAAAGACAAGCCCGCAGACAAUGCAACACCCUUCCGGCGUAAGUUCAAGAAGCGCUAUAAAGAUCUCUAUCUUCCCGUCGACUGGCCCAAUAGUAAUGUUCGUGAUGCAUAUUCUCAUCCCACAGUGGAUGAGUCAACCGAACCUUUCAAGUGGGGCUUGCCAGACCUGGAUGCGAUGCGUGUGUUCCUUCGCGAUGAGCUUGGAUGGAAUGCAAGUAAAGUGGACGAGACGCUGUUGCCUAUCAUCCGAAAGGUCGGCCAACGUGGCAAGGCUGCUCAAGCAAACAAACAGGGAACUCUGACUUCGUUUUUCGAUGUCUCGGUUGGGACUGGUGCAUAUGAGCCCCGGAAACGACAGGCGUAUUCCAGCAAGCGACUGCAAAAGGUUGUUUCCGACUUCAGGAAGGAACAAGCACGAAUGGAGGAAGAACGGCAAAGUCUACCUCCAGAGGAUCAAGAAAGUCAGCAAAAGAAAAGAAAGGCUAAGAAACCUACAAAUGGAGAGGCUCCAGCUCACAAGCGGAAACGCGGUCAGAAGGGACGAUCCACUCCUGACCCCUCUGCAGCAGAGCCUGCAGCACAGUCACCACACUCAGUCACACCUGAGGAACGCACGCCUUCGGCGAGCAAGGCGCGACCGAAACCCCGUAAAGUCCCGAAAGGUGAUGAUGAAUAUGUACCUGGAACGCAGUAA